AAAGCAGUCUGCAGCUCUGAUAACAAACAGAAAUGGCAUCUAAGGAAGGCUUUUUCCUUUCUCUCUUUAACUACCAAACCGAGAAAUAUGUCGUCACUAAAAACAGCAAGAUUGGAAUAUUAUACCGACUUUAUCAGCUGGCUGUACUGGUGUACAUUAUCGGAUGGGUGUUUGUGCUCAAUAAAGGAUACCAGGAGACGGAAGAAGCCAUCCAAAGCUCUGUUUUCACAAAACUCAAGGGCGUCGCUUUGACCAACAGCUCAGAAACAGGUCUUCACAUUUGGGGCGAAGAAGACUACGUAAUACCUCCAAAUGGUGAGCAAGUCUUCUUUGUAGUGACUAAUUACAUCGAGACUCCAAAUCAGAGGCUGGGGUUCUGUCCUGAGAGCAAUAAAGUGCCUGAUGGGAGGUGUCUGAAGGACAGUGACUGUGAGAAGGGAGAGUCUGUCAUAGCUGGUCAUGGAAUCAAGACAGGAGUUUGUAUAAAAAAAAAUGGAACAUGUGAAAUCCGCGCCUGGUGUCCUGUGGAAAAUAGUCUCAAGCCCCAAAAGCCCUUACUAGCUGCAGCAGAAAACUUUACUGUCUACAUCAAAAAUUACAUUCGUUUUCCAAAAUUUGAUUUCUCCAAGUCAAAUGUGCCUGAAACCAAUGAAGCUACUUACCUGAAGAACUGCACCUACGACAGCAAACGUGAUCCCUAUUGUCCGAUCUUCCGGCUUGGACAGUUGGUCAAAUGGGCCGGCAAUGAUUUCCGGAAAAUGGCUACCAGUGGUGGUACUGUUGGGAUACUGAUUGAGUGGGAGUGUGAUCUGGAUAAAGACUCUUCCUACUGCAAGCCACAGUACAGCUUCACAAGUCUGAGUGCAAAUAAGGAACACUCAGUAGCAUCAGGAUACAACUUCAGGUAUGCCAAGUAUUUUAAAGAUCCAAGUGGUCAAACGUUUCGCACUCUGUAUAAGGUCUACGGGAUCCGCUUUGAUAUUAUUGUCAAUGGGCAGGCUGGACAGUUCGGUAUUAUUCCGACAAUCAUAGCAUUGGGCUCGGGACUUGCUCUGCUGGGGGCUGGAGCCUUUGUGUGUGACAUGAUCCUACUCUACAUGACCAACACCGGCAAUUUUUACAGAGAGAGGAAGUUUGAAAUUAUCAACCAGAAGGAUCUGCAAAAGGAGAAAGAUUCCAAAAGAACAAGGCGUGAGCAAAGGGCUAAAAAGUCUUCGGAGAAAGAACCUAAUUCAACAAAUGAAGAGGAGCAGCCCAUUGCCAAAACAUCGGACUCACACUCCCCUCUGUUGUCAUCUCUAGAAGUAGGCGUCACAUUCUCCCCACACUCCUAACUUUUGCACUGGGUCCAUUUCUCAACAGGAAAUGGUGUCAGGGACAAAGCUCAUGCACACACCUGGGGCUGUCUGCUGGUACUACUGUCCCCUGGUGAACAGGAAUAAAAACAGUCAAAUGUAGCCCAGACCCACUUUGCCUCCAGCCCUCAGAGUGAAACAGAAGGGUGAUAUGCUUACUCUGUCCACUGUGUGGCAUAGUUUUGGUCUUUGCUUUUGGGUUUUUUGCUUUUUAGAUUCUCAGGUUUUUAGUAUUUUGUGUAAUGCUAUUUUACUUUUAUUAAAAUAAAGUCAAAUAGACACUUAAAUUACA